AUGGCUGCUGCGAAUUGGCAUGCGGCAGAUUGGAGCCAUAAGAGAAUAAAACAAGGACAUAUCCUUCCGCGUCGUACGAGUCUUUCAUUAGCGUUCGGGAUUGGCAAUCAUUCCGGCAACCUGCGAAACGAGUGGGAGAGAUGGUAUGAUGGAGCUGGUAUUAUGGAGCUGGAGAUGAAGCUGCAUAUAUGUUAA